AUGGCCGACCGAUCAGAAGCCAGUGCGAAGGAGACGACCCAAAGCUUUGCAAAGGAGAAGCGUGAUCCGUUGGGGAAUGAUUUCCUAACCAAGUCGGGACCUGGGAUCACUUUUGCCGCUCAAGACAAACUACCCAAGCUACCGAUCCCGGAUCUCGAGGCAACAUGCAAGAGGUAUCUGGCUUCACUGUAUCCUCUGCAGAACGCAAGGGAACAUGCCGAGACAGAGCGUGCGGUGCACGAGUUCUUGCGUACCGAUGGACCGGAUCUUCAAGAAAAGCUCAAGACGUACUCUGAGGGGAAGAGCAGCUACAUUGAGCAGUUUUGGUACGAUUCGUAUCUGAACUACGACAAUCCUGUCGUAUUGAAUCUGAAUCCCUUCUUUCUUCUCGAAGAUGACCCAACUCCGGCAAGAAACAACCAGGUGACACGAGCCGCGUCUUUGGUUGUUUCUGCUUUAUCUUUCGUUCGCGCCGUCCGCAAGGAAGAACUGCCCCCGGAUCAAGUUCGAGGUCAACCGCUGGACAUGUACCAAUACUCACGGCUGUUCGGUACUGCCAGAAUACCCACAGAGAAUGGAUGCCAGAUCGGCCAGGACCCAUCAUCAAAACACAUUGUCGUCCUGUGUCGAGGACAAUUCUAUUGGUUCGACGUGCUGGACGAUAACAACGACCUGAUCAUGACCGAGAAGGACGUCAGCUUGAACUUGCAGGUCAUCACUGAAGAUGCCGACCAGACCCCAAUCUACGACGCAGCAAAGGGCGCACUUGGCGUUCUGAGCACUGAAAAUCGCAAAACAUGGUCAAGCUUGAGAGAACUCAUCAGCAAAGACAACGGCUCAAACAACAGCGACUGCCUGAACAUUGUGGAUUCUGCACUUUUCAUCCUUUGUCUCGACUAUACCGAACCUCAGAGUAGCUCAGACGUAUGCAUGAACAUACUCUGUGGAACUUCCCAGAUUGAACGUGGCGUUCAGGUCGGAACAUGCACGAAUAGAUGGUACGACAAACUACAGAUUGUCGUUUGCAAGAACGGCAGUGCUGGAAUCAAUUUUGAGCAUACUGGUGUGGACGGUCAUACAGUUCUUCGCUUUGCAUCAGACGUAUACACAGAUACGAUCCUUCGUUUCGCCCGCACUAUCAACGGACAAGCACCUUCCCUGUGGGCAUCACAGUCGCCGGAUCCAUCGAAGAGGGACCCUUCAAGCUUCGGCGAUGUCAGUACAACUCCUCACAAGCUGGAGUGGGACAUGGUGCCAGAGUUGGCAACGGCAGUACGAUUUGCAGAGACUCGAUUGGCAGAUCUCAUCCAACAAAACGAGUUCUACACUCUCGAGUUCGGGCAAUAUGGCAAGAACUUCAUGACAUCGUGUGGUUUCUCUCCCGAUGCAUUUGUGCAGAUGGCUUUCCAGGCAGCUUACUAUGGCAUGUAUGGCCGCAUCGAGAGCGUGUACGAACCAGCAAUGACGAAGUUCUUUUACCACGGACGGACGGAAGCGGUACGACCUGUCACUAACGAGAGUGUAGAGUUCAUCCGCACCUUCUGGGCGGACACCUCGCCAGCAAAGAAGAUCGAAGCUUUGAAAAAGGCCUGCGAGAAGCACGCUGCUUUGACCAAAGAAUGCGCCAAAGCCCAAGGCCACGAUCGCCACCUCUAUGCCUUAAUGUCCCUCUGGCAGCGACAAAUCGACGGCGACGCAGACUUCACGAGCAACGACGGCGACGCCCCCAGCACCAACGGCUGGAACAGCCCGACAAGCGAUCGAGGAGACCAACAAUCCAGCGUCGGCCCCUCCCCCAACCGCACCAGCAUCGCCAGCGACGAAGGCAGCACCCAAUCCACCAGCCAAUCGCCCCCACGAACGCAACAACCCAUCCUCCCGGCCCUCUUCGCAGAUCCGGGCUACGACCGCAUCAACAACACCAUCCUCAGCACCUCCAACUGCGGCAACCCCUCCCUCCGGCACUUCGGCUUCGGACCCACCUCCGGCGACGGCUUCGGCAUCGGCUACAUCAUCAAAGACGGCAGCGUGUCCAUCUGCGCGAGCAGCAAGCACCGGCAGACGAAACGCUACAUCGACGCGUUGGAGAGCUAUUUCCUGGAGGUGCGCAAGUUGCUCCGCCAGACGCAUCGUCGCGGCACGAGUACGGAUAAGCAGGCUUCGCGGGCGCGGGAGGCGGAGGAGAAGAGGCCCAAGGGCCAGAGGGUCAAGUCGAGGGGGAGGGUGGUCGGUGAGCCGGGCGGUGCGGGGGCGGUGACGGGGAAGGAGCCCGAGGGGGAUAGUGGGGUUGCGAGUGAUGAUGAGUUGGGGGGAUAUGGUUUCUUCGAUGCGGGUAUGUUGCUGCAGGCUCUGAGGGCGAAGGAGGAAGGAGCGGAACGGCCGAGCGAGAAGGUUGCGGCGAGGAGGGAGGUUGGGAAGAAGUUAAGGUUGAUGGAGUAUUAA